CAACAAUAGCAAUUGUUUGCCAAGCGCAUUCAGCCGUGUGGUAGCAAGUUGGAUGCACCGUGCACGUAAGACAACAAACAAACCGACAGAAACAGAAGCGUUGGCAUACCAAUGAUGCCGUAACAAACAGAAGCAAAGUUCAUGAAUACAGAUGGAGAGCCGAGGAGAAAGUAAAGGAGUUCGCUUGAUUAUAUCAAAGUAUUUUUUAAAGAGGUGGGUUUUGAGACUGGAGUUGAAAGUUUUGAACCUAGACACAGUCCUAAGAGAAAAGGGCAGAAAGUGCACGGCGCCACACGGGUAUCGAACCAGCGCACCUCCGCGUUCGGACAUCAGCGCUCUAACCAAUCAGCUUUCGGCUUCCCUGACUUUAUAGACUGAUUAUACAAAAGUAGAUAAUUGAACGACGUGGAUGAAAAUCAUAACUUCCAGUCUUGUCAUCGCUUCAUUUCAGUUUGCUGCUAGUCAUCCGAUACUUCACUUAUGUGAUAAGUCUGUUGACGAUGAUAGCGCGGUGGAUAAGGAAGACGAUCCAAGAAAAUAACUCUGUGGAACACCGAAUGAAAGAACAUAUGGAUAAGAUUAGCGACAACAAAUAAUUGAGUUGAAAUAGUUAAUUUGCAAACCAGAGUAUAACUGUUCCAGAUUUACAGAUAUCGUUGUAGCAUGAAAGGGACUCAUAAAGCAUGUUGUUAUCAGCCACAGGAAGGAGAGCUUUUCACGACCAACAAAGUCAACAACAAUAAAGGGUGGCAGCACAUUAUUAUUUCUUUGUAGUGAAUGGUAUAUGACGACGGCAAGCUAUGCAAAGAGCUGCUAGAGGAUGAUUUGUUUACAGUUAGGAGAGAAAUCGACACUGAACGAUUACUCUUGCGUUUAUUUUGACCAACAUUUGAUAGUAGUCGUGGUGAGCCGAGUGAGAGCUUGUUGUAGCAAUGUCGGAUCAAAACACUCAUUAAUCUGACGGUUGGUGAAAGGAACAGGAACCAGUAAACAGUCUGGAUUUUUUGAACUUCCCUUGAGUCACUGGGUGAACGCAGUAAGUUCUCGAGGACAUUCAUUGUUUAGUGUUUAGAAUCAGAUACGUUGAGGCUGGCAGUAGGGUCCCGUUAAUUAAUUAUCAAGAUCACGCCGGUUGAGAAGAAAUAUCGAGAGAAAGUAUGGAAAGUAGCUGGUCAACAGGACAGAAGACAUGUGCUUUACACUAAGACUGAAGGAAUAGCAGAGCUGCCGUUGAAGAACAACCAAAAUAAGUGAGUUGGUUCACCCUUGGAUAACCUGAGAAUAAGUCUACCAUCUACGCCCCGAGACUUGUCAAGUGUCGAGUCAGUGACGAGGGAAGAUACGUCUCGCGCUUCGUCACAAGUAGGAUACCUUUCCUGCGAUUUCCCAGAUUGUGCAUAAGAAAGAAGAGAGGCAGAGACAAGUGGACGAGCAAGUUCGACUUCAUGUCCUCGGCAGGACUGCAGCCUUAGAGGAUGAGAAACUUUUCUAAUUAUUUCCAGCUGUUGCUGCUGACAACAGUUGUAUUGGAAGUUGUUUCAGAAUCGCAGAUACCCGAGAGCAAAACAACAUGCGGGAUUCGUUACUGGGAGGCACGUGACAUGAUGCUGACCUGCUACUUCCACGAGGACAUUAGUGCUACUCCCAAAAGAUUCGCUGUGUAUCUCUACCCAGGAGCAAAAAUGGUGAUUGCAUGCGAUUGGUUUGACGAAUUACAUUGUGAAGUGGACCCUGCGUACAAGUACGACAAGGUGAUCUACCGGGAUCAUAUCAACAUCCGGAUACCCGACGCUGCAGAGAAGCAUGUCGGGACUUACGCCUGUCAGGUGAAUGGCGAGAAAAAUCAUGGAAACUGCAGUUUUACUGCAUCACAAAUUCCACCUAAUCUACCGGCACCCAGUUCCUACCUGGAGCCAACGACGAAGACAGUUCCUACUUUUGCUUCAACCACAGCAGCCACCUCUGCUCUCCCUGAUGAUCAGCAAACACAAAGUACGAGUGAACAGAGCUCAGCCGAGCCAUGGCGACCUGCAGCUGAACUUAUUCAUAUUGUAACCGCCAGCAAUACGGGUCAAGAUACGGCGUGUACCCAAAAGGACAACAUUGUGAUUGCUGUGUCCGUACCCGUAGCUGCUUCAGCUCUCGUCAUUAUCCUCAUAGUCAUUUUAUAUCACCAUUGCCGAAGACACCAGAAGCAAUCAAGAAAGCGAGAGAAUGAAGAGAACGACGACACAGACAGAGAACAGAGGCAUGGACUGCUAACUCAUGAGUUAUACACCAAAGAGUGGACAUGUCCACGUACCCCACUGUCAUCUACACCCGAGACUACCACCGACAGGUAAAAUUCCGGCGGUCAACUGGUUUCUCUCGAGGACGGACAGGAGACCCCAUGAGGAGCCAUUGCUAGUUGAAGAGAGGGAAGGGUAGAUGAAGGAUGAAGACUUUUGUUGUGGUGGUGGUGACUUCACAACCUUCUCAGGUGAUCUGAGAAAAAGUGUUUGGACAAAGGGAGACUCAUACUAAAACAAAAUUAUUGUAAAAUGUUACUCUGUACAUGGAGCAUUUAAGCCAAACAUGAGACUGUAGUACUUUGCUGGUCCAUCUUGGUGGUUAGAACUAGUAUGCAUGAUGUAUAUUAAAAUAUUAAAAUUUAAAUUUAGUAUUAGCAUAAAUGUAAAGAUCUUUAUGAGCGAAGUUUGAUGGUCUAUGACUAUUGUGCAAUAAAAGUAAACACUGAUUUUUUUGUUAGAUAGCUCGAUUCACAAAUCUUUUCUAUACAUUGCAUAAGCCGAGGAGUGAUCGAAUGGGAAAGAGGCCAGCUCAUGACAAACUAUCACAGACAUUUGAUGAUUACUUUAUUGAAUUUAAAAAUGAAUUUUACACAAAUCUGGUCGUUCAGGGUGCACUAGAUGACUAGAAAGAACUUUGCUUUCUAGUAAUGUUGCUGCUGUAAAAUGCGCAUUUAAAAGUUAGGCCUCAACAGUUAUCUUACAGGUACUUUUUUAUCUAUGGUACUUCUCUUCAUUUAUUACUUAUAAAGCUUUCAGGUAAUCAGCAGACUUAAAAAUCUACGGUUUCACAGUUUUGUUUGACUCUUAGAAAUGUUGCAACUCAUCUCCCCUUCCUCCUCUGAGCCUGCUGUUUUGUGUGCUAGAUGCUAUGUAUGGGAGAUAUGUGAUGAUGAACUUACUGUGACUUUCUGUAUGAAAAGACACAAUUAUAGACUACCUGUUUUGAUGAAUUUUACCUAAAAGGCUCAUUUAACACACACACACACAUACACGCACGGGCGCGAGCGCUCAAAUCAAAUGCUUUGUCCAGAUUAAUUAUUUGUUGGAUAGCUAGAGAUACUUAUUCUAGAGGUCAGCAAGAGUGAAACUAGGGAGGUAUGUAAACUCACCUGAUAAAGCUGAAGGAGGGAUGCCACAAGGAGGAGCAAUCUCACCCACUGUGCUUGUCAUCUGUAUUGAUGACAAGACAAGUUGUCAGACAUAAUCACAAGGGCAGGUUGUCUGACGACCUGGAGUUCUAUACUGCACCCCAGACACUCCAGCAGCUAAAAGAAUGAAAUCAGCAUCUCAGGCGAUGAAGAUCAAUGGCUCAUCACCAUCCCCAAAGCCUAGAAAGAAGUCACGAGCUUCUCCCUUUGUCUCAGUAAAGAUAAGUACGGCCUGAAGAUUGACACUGGAACAAAGCCCCCAGAGCUCGAUCACUCCAACUUGGAGUGAAAGUCAACAAAGAACUCAAGCCACACCUCAACGCCAUGGAGGGAAAGCUAUGAGGAUGAUGACCAUCAUGAAAAAUCUGAGUGGAACACAAUAAACCUUCAGCUGUAUAAUUUUGUAGCAGGUCUACAUGGCAGUGUAUGUCUACGACUGAAGUGUGUCAUCAUGUGCCACGGCAGCUAAGACCCACACACCUGGACAGAACAAAUGGCCGAAUCCUGUCAUCCUCCUCAUCACUGGAAGUCAGCGCGGACUUGUGGCUGGUGUCGGCCUGGCUGGCUGGAUGGUUUCCUCUCAAAAUGGACCGCAAGAGAAGUGUCCAGUGUCAUCACUAAAAUAUUCUUUACCCACUUCAAAUCUGAAACACUUUAACCCACUUCUUUAUACAAGUUGUAUUGCUUAGAUUUUUAUCCUACUUUAUCUUUGUCCUCCUGUUCUACUUAAGAUUAAAUAAUGAAUUCUGUGCUUAUUAAUUUUCUAUAGAAAACAGAUUUGCUUUGGUUUGCUUGUAACUGUAUACAUUAUAGCUAAUAAAUGGUUAACUGUUAUAAUGUAUUAUAAUGUUGGCAAAACUUUUCACGCUUUUGUUGCAUCUAACAAAAAGUCCUUAAAAUAUGCUUAAAAUAUCAUCUCAUAAUUUUAUAGUCUGCAAGCUAAGGUAGAAAGAAAAGAGUGGUGUGCUGAGCCUCGUGUAGAAAGGUCUACACAAAGUUGAAGUCUACCGUGUUGUAAUGCUUCAUUUGACUAUAUAUAUACAAUAUAUACAGCCUACAUUAUUGUUUCAAUAACACCCCUAUAGCAAUUCAAGCAGCUUCAUUAUGUAUGAUAAAGUUCUGUAAUUUACGCAUAUCUCAAGUACAAAAAUGCAUUUUGGCAGGAUAUUGAAGGCGAAUUAUUGUAAUAUAAAGAAAUUUUGUUUACUGGGAAUGCAAUAAAAGUGCGAGCAUUACGA